AAAAUCUAUUUUCGCCAUUCGAAUCACCCUGCGUGUCAACUAAUUUUCACCACACUAUUGUUGCCACAAAAUUGCAAGCAACCGGUUAAUCGAAUAUCCUGCCCAUUCACUGCGCGCUGCUCGCCCACCUUCAACAGGCUGUUCCAUUGCAGGCGGUUGUGCGGCCGUUUUCUAACAGCUUCUUGCGCACUACCGUAGUUGACCGAUACGCUAUCCGGCUUUCCGACCGUCAUCCGCUUAUUUACUUCGUCUGCUUGCUUGGCAUGUGUAUGGGUGGUGUUUGUGUUGAAUUUCCGAGUGGCGGCUGCUGCUCAUGCAACAGCAAUAGCGGGUAUUUCUUGGCGUUCGCUCCCACAUGGUCGGUCAGUUGGUUUCGUUAAUGCCACUUUGAAGCGUACAAUUAUCAAAAUGUGCGGAUGCCAAGUGUGCAUUCACCAGUCAAGAGUAAAGUGAAGAGGGGCAAAAACGUCAUAGAAAAUAUCAGAAAUAAAGAAUAAAAACUCUAAACAAGCAAUUGAGUGAGAGAUUAAGAAACCGUCGACUGUUGCUGAUGCGACUGCUGCUGUUGGAAGGGAUUAAAAGCCACAGCCAGUGAGGUGGGCAGUUGUAAAGAGAUUCGCGCGGCGAUGUGACGUGUAAUUUUCUAUUGUUUGUUGUUGGCGACGGCGCGUUUUGAAUGUGUUUUUUGAAUUGAAUUGUGCUGCAGUGAAUUGACAAAUUAAUUAUCUGCAGUUUGCAGAUUUGUAUGGAUCAUUUGAAUUUCUGUUUUGCUUCUUUAAACUCCGGAAAACCACUGCAUGCAAAAACGCGAAAAUUGCCAAUUGCAGUAGCUUCGAAUUGACGUUGGCUAAUAGCUUUGCUAGAACUUCAAUGUGUUAAACCAAUGUGCAACAAAACUGACCGUAUAAUUCAAGUGCAUUUUUUAUUUAUUUUAAUAAUAGUAAACGCGCUAAAUUUUGUAUGUAAGUAAAGUGAAUAGUGAAAGAUCUUAGUGUAAAAAGAAAAACAAAAGAAAGAAACGCCCAAAGUGGAAAAAUAUUACGCUGAGGUGCGCGACGGACAUUCCUGAAGCCAUGAUUACAAAAAAUGACGGUGAACGGAAAACACUCAACGAACUAAAGAAGUGAGAAAGUGACAACUAAAAAAAAAAAAGAAGCAAAUUUAGUGAGCGCACACGCACACUCUUACAUAUUUAGUGCGACACAUACGAGUGUGUAGGUGAGUUUGCCUCCAUUAGAGGAAGAGUAAUGGCCGUUUCUAUUGUGGCGUGUGCUCUUAGUGCAGUUGAUCUUGCCAACAGUUUCCGUUGCCGCUGCUCAUUCCGUGAAUCGUGGUGAAAGAGAGCGGUCGAAUCUCGUCGUGGUGGCACCGUGCCAUUUAUACCCAUACACACAUACAUACAAAUGCGCAUGAAAGUGGUCGCGAUCUGCUGCAGUGGUUCAAGAUUCAUUCGUUGAUAAUAUAAAAGUUGAAUAUUUGUGUUUUUUUGGUUUGAUUUGAAAUUUUGUUAUUUUUGCAUUUGCCGCAACGCUUUGCGUCGCUUUUCGUUGCUGGCUUACAGCUGCAAUAUCAAUCAACAAGUGCAACUUAUUUACGAUGCUCAUACAAAAUAGCUACAUAUGUAUGGACCUGCUAGUGUGCGCAUAGUAGUUGUUAAAAAGUGAAAAAAUAAUAAGUGAGAAUAAAUACGACACAUGCACAUACAAACAUACAUACAUCAUAUAUGUAUAUAGUUGCACUCAUGCCAACGCAAUUUAGUUACUCCAUUGUAAUAGCAACUUGUGAAAAGUGUAAAAUUUUUGUGAUCGGAAUUAACUUUGCGGUAAAAAUGCACGUGUUUUUGGGUUUUUAACAGGCCGCAAAAUUGAAUAAUUCCUGCCAAUGGCCGUUAAAUAGUUUAUGGAUAACCGCCGAAAACAACAUCAACAACAACAAAAAGAGCAACAAGUGAAAUCGUGGCAUUUAUAUACCGCUAUUGUGUGUUGUGUGUAGCGAAACGAAAAGUAAGAACAACAAAAAAAAAAUCAUUCUAACAAAGCCAACAACAAAACAAAGCCAGCAGCAAUUGUUGUUGCUUACUAUAAGUAGUCAGUGUGAAAACGAAACAAACAAAAAAUUUAAAAGCAAAGCCACCGCAACAAAUAGCGUACAAAAAAUAUAGCACCAAAACAAGCACGUGCGCUACAACAAUAACAACAAUAUCGCAAAAAAAAUUCCUCCUCAUAGGUGUCGCGCUGAUCGGCCCCGGCCUAAGGGGCCAUGACGCGUUGGCCCUUUCAUUAUUUAUUAUUGCUCUCGGUGGCAGUAUUCUGUGUGCCGGGUGUCAUAGCGCUGCACGACGAACAAAAUAGAACAAUACUCAAUGUUGGCUAUCUAACAGCCAUUACCGGUGAACUAAUGGACAAGCAGGGUCUGGCCAUUUCAGGUGCACUCACGAUGGCUUUAGAUGAGAUCAACGAUGAUGAAAAUUUGCUGCCAAAUGUUAAGUUGCAGCUACGCUGGAAUGACACAAAAGGUGACACGGUGACUGCUACCAAAGCCAUUACCGAAAUGAUAUGCGAUGGCAUUGUGACGAUAUUCGGUCCAGAGGGUCAUUGCUAUGUGGAGGCUAUUGUAUCACAAAGUCGUAACAUUCCAAUGAUAUCAUAUAAAUGCGCUGAAUACAGAGCAUCUGCCAUACCGACAUUUGCACGCACAGAGCCGCCAGAUACGCAGGUCAUUAAGUCGGUGAUCUCUUUAUUGCGUUACUAUGGCUGGAAGAAAUUCUCCAUUUUGCAUGAUGAGCUGUGGACCACAGUAGCCGAUUUGCUCAAAGAACAGGCCACCAAAAGGAAUAUGACAAUAAAUCACAAGGAAGCGUUUCUAACAAAUAUGCCGAAAUGUUGUGCGCUGGGGUUGCCAUGUUGUCGCACAAGUUUUUGGUAUCAGACUGUACAAAAUACAAUGAAUCGCACCCGCAUCUAUGUAUUCCUUGGUUCGGCGAGUUCUCUGGUCGAUUUUAUGCUUUCCAUGGAAACGAGCAAUUUGUUCCUUAAAGGUGAAUACAUGGUCAUCUUUGUCGAUAUGAUGCCCUAUACACCAAAAGAAGCCGAAAAGUAUUUACGCAAACCGGACCAUGUUGAGGCGAUGAAAGUCUGCCACGAAACGGAGAGUUUCAAGCAGUUGGCGCGCAGUUUGCUAGUCGUGGCGUCUACGCCACCAACGGACAGUUAUGAAAAUUUCACGGCCAAAGUGCGGGAAUACAAUGCAAUGAAGCCGUUUGAUUUUCUUGUGCCAUCGUUAUUUUACAAUAAUAAAUAUCUUAAGUUUGUUUCUAUAUAUGCCGCUUACCUCUAUGAUUCCGUUAAGCUCUAUGCCUGGGCAUUGGAUAAAUUGCUGCGCCAGGAGGAGCGCAUACUAACGGAUGAUGUGAUAUACGAUGUAGCUAGUAACGGAACUAGAAUAAUUGAGACUAUUAUCAAAAAUCGUACUUAUAGAAGUAUCACUGGUGCCACGAUUAAAAUAGACCAGAAUGGUGAUUCCGAAGGCAAUUUUUCAGUACUGGCAUAUAAGCCACACAAACACUAUUUUAGUGAUAAUGUAUCCUGUAAUUCUCAUAUGGUGCCGGUGGCCUAUUUUCAACAAGGCGAAGAUAUUCCAGAAUACAAGCUUAUCAAUGGCUCUGUGCGCGUUGAUUGGCCAUCGGGCGGUGAUCGUCCCUUUGAUGAGCCGAUGUGUGGCUUCGCCAAUGAGCUGUGCAAAAAGGACGAUCGACAUAUCACAUCUGUGGUAGCGGCUGGUGUACUUGGCUUACUGUUAUUUUGCGCUGGUGUCAUCACUAUGAGCAUUUAUCGAAAAUGGAAAAUCGAGCUGGAAAUUGAAGGUCUAUUGUGGAAAAUUGACAUAUCAGAGAUAAAGGGGUACUCGGGGAAUGAUAUCGUCUCAUCGCCAAGCAAGUUGAGCUUAGUGAGUGCCCAAUCGUUUGGUUCACGUUGCUCAAAUCAAGUAUUCACUUCGACGGCACGCCUACGCGGCGCUGUUGUACGCAUCAAAGAGUUGAAGUUCCCACGGAAGCGGGACAUCUCGCGCGAAAUAAUGAAAGAAAUGCGUUUGCUGCGCGAACUACGCCAUGAUAAUAUAAAUAGCUUUAUUGGGGCUUGUGUGGAGCCGACACGUAUACUACUAGUCACCGAUUACUGUGCCAAGGGCAGUCUCUAUGAUAUAAUCGAGAAUGAGGACAUCAAGUUGGAUGAUUUGUUUAUAGCUUCUCUGAUACACGAUUUAAUUAAGGGUAUGAUAUAUAUACACGAUUCGCAGCUGAUGUAUCAUGGAAAUCUGAAAUCGUCGAAUUGUGUGGUGACCUCUCGAUGGAUGUUACAAGUAGCCGAUUUCGGUUUGCACGAGUUGCGAAAUUGUGCGGAGAGCGAGUCGAUAGGAGAGCAUCAGCACUAUAGAAAUCAAUUUUGGAAAGCACCCGAAUUGCUGCGCAAUCCACACAUGUAUGGCACGCAAAAAGGGGAUGUUUAUGCCUUCGCCAUAAUUAUGUACGAAAUAGUUAGUCGAAAAGGUCCAUUCGGGCAGGUAGCCUACGAACCAAAGGAAAUUGUCGAUCGCGUGAAGGAGCUGCCAUUAGCUGGCAGUAUACCCUUUCGUCCCGAGUUGGAAUGCAUACGCGAACACGAAUUGUGCCCUGAUUAUGUGCUGGACUGUAUAAAAGAUUGCUGGAGUGAGGAUCCGGAGAUAAGACCUGAUUUUCCGACUAUACGCAAUCGUUUAAAGAAAAUGCGUGGUGGCAAGACGAAAAAUAUUAUGGAUCAAAUGAUGGAAAUGAUGGAGAAGUAUGCCAACAACUUGGAGGAUAUUGUGACUGAGCGCACGCGUAUGUUGUGCGAGGAGAAGCGCAAAACAGAAGAUUUAUUGCAUCGCAUGUUGCCGCGCACUGUGGCGGAGAAGCUGACAAUGGGGCAAGGGGUCGAACCAGUGUCCUACGAUUUGGUCACGAUCUACUUCAGCGACAUUGUGGGCUUUACUGCAAUGUCAGCGGAGAGUACUCCACUGCAAGUGGUGAAUUUCUUGAACGAUCUCUAUACGGUUUUCGAUCGUAUCAUACGCGGUUAUGAUGUGUACAAGGUGGAGACCAUUGGCGAUGCCUACAUGGUGGUCUCAGGUCUGCCAAUUAAGAACGGCGAUCGACACGCAGGUGAGAUCGCUUCCAUGGCACUGGAGCUGCUGCAUGCGGUCAAACAGCAUCGCAUAGCACACCGUCCCAAUGAGACGCUCAAGCUUCGCAUUGGCAUUCACACGGGGCCCGUGGUGGCCGGCGUUGUAGGUUUGACAAUGCCACGCUACUGCCUCUUCGGCGACACAGUAAACACCGCCUCACGCAUGGAGUCCAACGGCGAAGCGUUGAAAAUACACAUAUCAGGAAAGUGCAAGGAGGCACUCGACAAGCUUGACGGCUAUGUGACCGAAAGACGCGGGCUGGUGGCGAUGAAGGGAAAGGGCGAGGUGGUCACAUACUGGCUAACAGGCGCCACAGAGAAGGCCAUACAGAAGAAACCAGUCGACAUGACUGACAUGCCGCCGCCUCUAUUCUGCCGACCGCGCAAGAGCCCAAAGCUGAAUAGCGAUUCGCGGCAACCGAGCAUCGUAGGCAUGCACUACUAUGGCGCUGGCUCGCGGCGCACAUCGAUGGUGCCACGCACCGAUAUCGAGUCCAAUUAUAGUUUGCAAGGUUCCACAUAUCAUGUAGCACGCGAUUCACCUUACCUGUCGUCGCGUCGUAACGAUCGGCCGUCGCUGAAUGGCAUUGGCGGCAACAGCAUACCGGAGCGAAUGAGCUACUAUGGCGGCUACGGCGGUGCGGGCGCCAGCGGCGGCCGGAGUGGGAGUGUCGGCGAAACUUGCACGCUGCUCGAGUCGGCGCACGGUUCACGCAACACGCUGGAGCAUUCCGAAAACGAAACGAACUGUGAUAAUGAGUGCGUAAAUGGGUAUGGUGCGGAUGGUGAUGGUGAUGGUGAUAAUUAUAGCGGUGGUGUUGGUGGCGGCAGUGGCGUGAUAGGUGGCAGUGGUAGCGGGAGUUGUGGCAUUGGCGUAGUGAGCAUCAUUGGUGGUGCGCUGCCGGUAAGCGCACAUCGUGCGGCACACUCCGCUGCCAGCUCACCGAGCCACAAACCGCUUGCGCUAGUGCGUCCCCAUCGCCGUAUUAUAAGCGAAAGGCUAGCCUCCUCACCCUCCGUACAAGAGUUCAGUGAUAUAAGUCGGCAUCCGACGGUAGCGCAAACCAUACUACUGCGCGAGACACGCUCCCUCGACCCCAUGCCAAUGCAGUUGCGUAAGAGAAACGAGCCCGUCAAACUGCCGCCGUCCAAACUGUGUAAGAACAACUCGCGCUCCUUGGAUGCCGUGGCGGCGCUCGGUGCGAGAGAGAGCAAAAACAACGAUUCAGAAAACGCGAAUAUAAAUGGUAUAGAGUGUGACGAAGUCGUCGAUGGUGUGGCCCCAUUGGUGGAGCACGGAGCUACUGCGAACGCUGACACAAACAAUAUGGACGGCGAGGACUACGACGACGAUGUCGGCCUGCUGAUGCGUGAUAAUGGCGGCCUCCGCCGUCGCGGGCACAGUGGUAGCCUACAACCGACUGUGGUGCCCGUCGCAUCCACGCUGUUAAAUCGUCGACGCAGUGGUGGGCACGUUAUAUCCGGCGGCAGCCUUAGUGUCGGUAUUGGAGUCGCUGGCGGCAUGCUGCUGCCCUACAAGCACCUCAACAACAACUGCAAUGGUGGCAUGACCAUAGAAGAAGACGCGCAAUCACCGUUGCUUCAACGACAGACCUCACUCACCAGUCCGCCCGAUGAAAUUCUUGCGCUUACGAAACGUUGGCGUUCACUGGAGACACUUGAAAAUGUCAGAAUCGGUGAUGCAAUGCUGGUGAACUCUAAUAGUGGUCGUGGUAUGCUUGGUGGCACCACGCACAUCUGCGGACACGCCGCGCACAACAGUGUCAGCUACGCGCCCGACAUUGAUGGGAGUCGUGCAUCCGGUUCAGCGGCGACAUGUGCAACGACAGCGACACGCAGCGGUAAUACAUUCACUACGUGGAUUUGGCGCAUCAUACAGGGUAACAGUAAGCGGGCGAGCGAAUCGUCGUUGCGGCGCGUGGUGCCAAGUGGUGUUCACGCGCCGCAUGUGUUCACCGAUAUGCCCGCAGCAACGGCGGCGCGUACGCGUGAUCGAGAGAGCAUUGUGUAG